AUGUCUGAAGCCCACAGCCUCGACAACUUCGUCUCCCCUCCAAACACCUACCGCCCAAAGUUCAGAUACUGGCUACCCGAUGCCGAAGUUGACAUCGAAGCAGUCACCCGCGACGUGGCAGAGAUAGCAGCCGUCGGCGCCGGCGGCCUUGAGUUCUUACCCUACUACCAGUUCCACUCGCCAUCGGCAAACUGGUCCACCUACGGCUACGGCACAAACGCGUCUCGCGGCGUCUUCCGCGCGGCGAUGCAGGCGGUCGCGGACAAUGAUAUUCUCUUUGACUUUUCGAUUGGCGCGAAUCAGGGGCAGGGCGUUCCUUCGGAGCCUGAGAGUAUUGGGCUGGCGUUGGAGUUGGCAUAUGUCAACAUAACAGUCACUCCAGGACACGCCUUCAACGGCACUCUCCCGCUCUCGACCCAACCCGCGAGCCCGUCCCUCCACCUCUUCAUGCACCCCUGCGAGGAAUUCGGCCAGCAGAACCUCUCCUUCGUCCUAGCCGUAGAACAAGCACCAGGGUCCAACGCUUCGUCAACCGCCGUCAACCUCGGCCGCGUCAUCGACAUCACCACCUUAGUCGACCCGUCCACGAGAUCAGUCUCCUGGACGACCCCCAAAGACUCACAGAACACAUGGCGUAUAAUGGCAUGGUACACACGCUACACCAACCAGCGCUCCAUCGAAGCCGCACCCGAUGCCGCAACGUGGGUGCAGAACGGGUCCUGGGUCACCGACCACUUCAGCGCCGCGGGGGCGAAGAAGCUGACGGGUUUCUUUGACGAGUACAUCAUCCCCGAGGAGGAGGAUAGAGAGCUACUCGCUCGCGUGGGGAAGUAUGCCUGGGAAGACAGCAUGGAGAUGGAUACAGCCCUCUGGUGGACACACAACUUCGCCGACGCGUUCCACACACAACAGGGCUACGACAUUGCAACCUGCCUCCCCUUCCUCAUCCAACGCGAAAACUACUGGGCCGCGCAGAAUCUGCCCUACGGCGAAUCCUUCCUCUCACCAAGCAACAGCACGCUGGUCUCGCGCUGCAACGACGACUACCGCCUCACACUCCAAGCCGGAUACGAAGACUACAUCCGCACAACCUCAGAAUGGGCUUACGAACGGGGACUAGAAUACUCCAACCAGCCAGCCUACAACCUGCCCCUAAACAUGCUCGACUCAACCCCCCUCGUCAAUGCACCUGAAGGCGAAUCCCUCGGCUUCAACGAUUCCCCCUCCCUUUACCGCCACCUCUCCGGCCCAGCCCACAUGGCCAGUAACCCCGUCGUCUCCUCCGAAGCCGGCGCCGUCAACGGCGCAUCCUACACCCAGACCAUCGCGGACCUCCUCCGCACCGUCCGCCGCGGUCUCGCCGGCGGGGUGAGUAUGAAUGUCCUCCACGGGUACGCGUACUCGGGCGUCUACGCGCAGACGACGUGGCCCGGGUAUACCGUCUUCGCGUACACGUUUACCGAGAUGUGGGGGCUGCGGAUGCCGGCGUGGAGGGGGAGUCAUCACGCUGGGGAGGGUGGUAACAGCACCAGUGCUGGAUUUAUGGCUGAUGCGAUGGCGUAUGUUGCGAGGAACCAGUUUGUUAGUCAAGUUGGUACCGCGAGAGUCGAUCUCGCGUUCUACCAGUACGCUGCACCGUUCGCCAAGGUAGUCUACAAGAGUGAUAACCUCGAGAAGAUGGGCUUCACGUACGACUAUAUCGGCCCCGCGAGCUUCUCUUCCUCGAACGCGGUCGUCAGCGAGGAGGGCGUUCUCGCGCCGGAUGGCCCCGCGUAUAAAGCACUCAUCUUUGCCAACCAGACAAAAUUGACGCCGGAGAUGGCGGCGCAGACGAGAGCAUUCGCGGAGGCAGGCUUGCCCAUCUUCGUUGUCGGUAGUGCGGAUUUUCAGAGCAUUGGUGUGAAUGGGGCUGAUACUGUUCCGAAGAUCAUGGCAAAGGUCCUUGAGAUGGAGGGCGUGACGGUGCUUGCUUCUGCGGAGGAUUUACCAGCUGCUCUCGCUGCUCUCAACAUUCGGCCUCGGGUCUCGUUUCUGGAAGAGAGUACUACUGACAAGUGGUACUCCUUCUCGCGAAGCACAGAGGACGCGGAAGUCGUGUUCUUAUACAACGACGGGGAAAACUCCACGACUACGAACGUCAGCUUCCUCGAUACGGCGGGCGGGACACCGUACGUCCUCGACGCCUGGACAGGCUCAGCGUCACCACUUUUACAGUACACCGUUAAGGAGAACAAGAAUGUCGUGCCGGUGACGCUCGCCCCGAAUCAGACUGUCAUCCUCGUCUUCUUCAACCACACCUCAUCCGCGGAUGAUGAACAUAACACAUCCUUCCUGCCUCGUCCACCAAACACUCACAUAAUAUCAACAUCUGGCCCCCUUCAAGGCCUCCUUUACACCACGUCUCAAGACCUCACCACAAACACCACGACGAAAAAUACCCGCAUCAGCGGCAUCACAGCACACCUCGCCCCCGGUACCACGAAUAUUACCCUCGCCACCGGCCAAACCCUAACCUUCACUACCUCUCAGCUCCCAGAAGCAACAGACCUCGACACAUGGAACAUAACAGUCAAUGACUGGAGCAGUAGCAAUGACUCUCUCUCCAUGGAGACCGUGGUCACAGCGCACCGAUUACCCCCCAGUCCGCUAGCGCCCUGGAAAGAUCUAGACCCCGUGAACCUAGGCAACACAAGCGGAACAGCAUACUACGAAACCACAUUCAGAACCCCAUCCUCAUCUAUCGCGGCACAACGCCUGGGAGCUCAUCUUCACCUAGGCGCUAUCACGGACGCAACGACACUCUGGGUCAGCGACGAGAGAGUCAUCCUCGACGUGAACAGCUCGCCCGACGUUGUGGUGGACAUCACGGACUACCUGAACCCCUCCGCGGGCGCCGACAACGUGGUCAGGGUAGGAGUUGCUUCGACGUUGUGUAAUCGCGUGAGAGCGGAGCAGGAUAGCAUCAUGACGUUUGGAGUUGCUGCUUCUGUUGCGGGUGCGAGUUCUUUCGAGGCUCACCCGGCCGGGGAGUAUGGACUCAAGGGUCCUGUGUCGGUUCAAUGGGUCGAGGUUGUCGACGUCCUUUGA